CUCUUGUCCUCCCCUCUUCUCUCUCCCUCCAGCUCUCCUUGUGUUGGAUGUCUCCAGUGAGUGAUUUUACCCGUCAGUUUGCAUCAGAGGCUGCUAACAUUGCACUGGACCUAAGGUUUAACGUUAAACAAGUUGUUUGGGUGUUAUCAGAUAUGCUGCUAGAGUGUAACAUGGCCCACGUGUUAAUUAAAGUACAAAGAGGACAGCAUCUGUUGGACAGGAAGAGGAAAGCACUUCAAGAACCAACCAGGGUUAAGUCACGUGACCCCAGUAAGAUUCAGUAUGAUAUAGGACUAAUAAUGAAACACAUUAGAUAUGAUUAUUAUUGUGUGAUCUAUGGAUGGGAUUAUUCUUGUGAGAUGACUGAGGCCUGGAUACAUCAAAUGGGAGUGGAUCAGCUACCACUGGGACCAAAUCAACCGUUUUAUAAUGUACUGGUUAAUGAUGGGACCAACAGAUACGCUGCACAAGAGUCGCUUACCAUUUGUCCAGUGUCCGAGUUACGUCCCAUUAGACACUGGGAGGUUGGUAAAUACUUCAAAUCAUUCGCUGGCGACAGAUAUAUUCCCAAUAAUGCUCUUCAAGAGAAGUAUCCAAACACAACAGCAGUUCAGUGACCUUCGGCCAAUUUAUAUAAUAAUUAAUAAUAUUCAUCAAUUAAUCCACAGAUGUAUUAUAUAAGACACACUUCAUUUCAAAUGCCAUCUGCAAUUAUUAUUAUUAUUAUU